CUUGCAUUUGUCAGAAACUAACGUUGUUUCCAAGCAUCCUUUCGCAUGUCUCAGUAAAAACAGGGUUGUUCUGAGUUACACACGCGCUCAUACAGUGUCAGAUGGGUCUGAGAGUAUGGCACAAGAUGGUUGUACUUACGAGACGACAGAUGCAAGGCCCAGCUCCAUUAUCCCCUCCCACAUGUCUCCUCCGCUCCACAGGAGACAAAUAAACCGGGGCGGGAGACGCAUGCAUAUCGAAGACACGCAGAUAAGCAGCAGAAUCACAGCAGACAACGCAUGGAGAUGUGGGUGAAAACCAUGCGAGUAGCAUGAUCCAUCUGACACGAAUCCAUUGGCCUUCCCUUCCCACCCCGACAACGCUGUUAAUUAGCCCGGCCUGGCUUCGCUUGCUUCUCAGCCCUUUGGCCACAGAGGACAGCCAGGGAGACACACACGCACGCACCUGUGAUGUACCGACGGUCAGACAGGUGGAAAGAUACAAAUGGAAGUACAAGUAUAUGUAUGGAUAAAGACACAGGUAUUAGAUAAAUAUGCAGGCGCUGCUUUCGAACACUGUACAAUAAGUCGCAAAACCGGAUGUCUCUAGUGAAUACCACCUGAGUGACACCUACCUGGCAAAACGAGUGGUGUACGUACACAGAAAAAGCAUACUGCACAAUGGGAUUCACAGACUGACCAACCGAGUGGCAGGAUCCACGUGGCUGUCAGCUCUGCCGACUCUUCUGUCACUUGCUCGCCAGAAACUCACUCUGCGCAGGGGAGGGGACCUCAACUGCGCGCACACAAGACAAAACCGACACAUAAGCAAAAGGGUGUGUGCACUCACGUGCCCGUUGCCCCGGCUUACAUCCGAUUUCGAUGUCCUUGCCCUCGAUGUCUCCGUUGAAGGGGGUGGCCGCCAAAGUGAAGGUGCCCGGCCCCGCGAUGGAGUCACGUGCCCCCUUCGCGAAAGCACUCGACUCGUCACCAUCCGCACUCGCCGAAGACUUGCCCGCCGUGCCGAAGGCCGUGAAUCUGCCCUCUGUGCCCUUGGUGGCCUUCUCGAGAUAGGGAGGGUCUCUGUGCACCACCCACACAUACAGGCCACAUGAGUCGAUGCCGUGUGUUGGAUGUGUGUGUGGGUGGGCUGACCUGAAUGUGUCCCAAUCGAUGAAGACACCCUUGGCCUGAACGAAGCAACACACACACAGGGACAGACGGAGAGGCGAUGUGUGUGUGUGUGUGUGUGUGUGAGUGGUGUAGAUGUACGCACAUCAAAGAGGAGGAACUGGACGGCCGUGACGCAGGCCGACUCGGGGACGGCCGUGAAGGUGAAGUCCACACCCAUCUCAGCGGGGACAACGAAACCAGUCAUGCUGUCCUUGAUGAGCUCGUGGCCCUCCGGCUGGGAGGGCUUCCUCACAUCCACGAGGCGGAAGCCGGCCAGAGACGGAGUGACAUCUGCAGACAGAGAGCGGCCAUCAACAGAGACAGGGACACAAACAACGCAGGCAAAGGAAUUGGUGUUCCAUGCUUCAGCCCCUCUUACUUGUGCAUCCUGCUCGUCGAAUGAAAGACAACAUAGACACGACAAAGCUCAAUGCACGCAAGUCUUUCCUUUUCUUGCCGUUUGUCUGAGUGGCCAUACCUUUUCUUGUAGCAUGGGCCUCGUUCACCUUCAAGACCACAUUCUCCAGCACGUUACUCGGCACAUCUGGUAUGACACAACACGACACGACACGACACGACACGAGGCAAAAUCGUCAGUGCCCACCUGGUGCGUCAUCCAUCCGUACCUGCACGGAAUGCUGCUUCAGGCUCCUCUGUGAAGGGCUCCUCGGUCGCGGCGACAUCCGGAUCCUCUGUUGUGAAGGGCUCUUCAGCCAGGUCAGGGUCCUCCGUGGGCUCUGCAUGUGGACCAUACAGAAGUGGCGACACAGACAUCUUGUGGUGUACGGCGCUCUCCCCUGCUCACCUUCGGUCGUGCCGACAUCGAUGUCGUCUGGGUCAGCUGUCGUGCCGACUUCUAUGUCGUCUUGCGCCCAGGCAAACGAGGCGAAGCUCAGCAACGCAAGAAGGAAGAGAGCGGUGAGAGAGAGAACUCGGGACUGCAUGACGGGUAAAAAGGGCAGAAAAGGGAGAAGGGGAGGAGAAG